AUGACGACGGGAUCGCCACUCUGUCCGCGGCGCCGAGGGAAAAAUAUCUUCUCCGCCUCCGCUUUCGUGCUGUACUUGUGUGCUCUGCUUCCCAUCGGCUCCCUGGCCGACGCGAACACCUCCGUCUCCGCCUGUGAGUACUCCCCCUCUUCAGUCGGCAUAGGCGUCCGUGAUCUAUGCAUUCUCCGUCUUUGGGGGCAGAUGGGUCUUGAGUUUCCUUCCCAACGAGGGCAUGGGAAUCCAGGUCCAGGAUGAGGUUCCUGCCUCAAGCGAGCGAGAUGGUGUCGCUCUCGCCUGAUUCCUCCAUAUUCCCCAGACUCAUUCCGCGAAGAAAAUUUCCCCUACUCCUCCCGUGAGACUCAACUCGACGAGGCCUCCUCUCUAGCGGGGUUGAACCCACCAUGAGCCUCAACAUAGGUGCAUACUGCUUCCACGUCCACUUCCUCCUAGUCCCAGCAAGACGUUAGUUCUGGAUUCUCCCAAUUCCCUCUAACUUUUACAUGGAGUUUUUGCUUUGUGAGCCCUAUAAAUAGAAGAGAAAUCCACCCGUCUGUCUAUCUACGUUGAAAUCAAGACAUACAAGCAAUAGCAUCAAAAUGUACUGCAAAUAUGAUCCAUCAACCAUCUCUAGGCAAUUCCUGGCACGGAUUACUCGUUUCCAGGGUCAGAACGAGUCAAAAGGUUGUCAUUUCUGGGUUUCUCGACGUAUAAAGGGGUAGUGGCUGAAAGUAAAGGCUCUAGGUUCCCCAUGAAAAGAUCUUCCUUCCUGUGGAAUGGGAUCGCACAGAAAGAGGAAAAGAAGAAGACGAAUGUCUCUGCUCUCUUCUGCAUCACAUCGAGACCUUUCAUUGGUUUUGGUGUGGACUAUGGAACUCAAUUCCUUCACUUACUGUCUGCUUCAUCUUGUUUCUUGUUUUCUGACAGCACUCUGCCCCGAUGGCUGGAAGGUCGCCCCGAACAAGAACAAAUGCUUCAUUCAUAUGGCGAGCUCCCUUUCUUGGAGUGAUUCCGAAGGGCUCUGUGGGCGAUUCGGCGGUCACCUGGCAGCCCUGGUGUCUGCUGCGGACCUAAGCUUCGCUCAGGCGCUCUGCACGGAUAAUAAGAAUGGCUGCUGGGUUGGUGGCCAAUUAAACAAUUCUAAAUCUGGUUUUGGCUGGAAGUGGUCUGAUGAUGUGUCUUUCUGGAAUGAGUCGAUCUCCCCAGGAGAGCCAUCUCAAUUCAACUGCUCAAAGGCCCCCUGCCUCAGAGCCAACGAGGGUAAUUCCUGCACGCUAGUCACCAGAGGGAAUAUUGGGCUGGUAGGCGAAAAGUGCAAUGCUUCUCGUAGUUCUAUAUGCAUGGUUGAUAGAGGUAACUACCCUCCCCCUCUCUUUGUGCCACAGUUUUUAACUAACUAAUAUUCAUGCCUGAUAUUCCUAGAUUUGUGGAUGUUUUAAUAUAUGUUUCCCUUUCUUUCGUUGCUUCUACAAGCUAUUUAUUUAUUUAUUUGAUGUGCUCUAGGCGCGGUUUAUUUUCAUGUUUAAUGAUCCGAUUUGUUCCUUUUUUUGGCACCAGAGGGCAAGUGUUAUCAUAAUCACUGCCACAGGGAAUACCUUGUCGUCCUCGCUAUGGUGAGCGGACUCAUCCUGUUCACCACCCUGGCUGUAGUGAUUUGGCUCCUCGUCUACAGGCGGAACAAGAGGCGCAGAAGAUCUCGGAAGGUGUCUAGCCCUUCAACAGCAGCACUGGUCCCCCCAUCCUGGAAGGUCUUCACAAGUGAGGAGGUAAGGUCGAUAACAAAGAAUUUCAGUGAAGGGAACCGCCUCCUUGGGGAUGCGAAGACAGGAGGGACGUACAGCGGGGUUCUCCCUGAUGGAUCAAGGGUGGCUGUCAAAAGACUCAGAAAAUCUAGACUUCAGAGAAAAAAGGAGUUCUUCUCUGAGGUUGGAAGGGUCGUGAAGCUUCACCAUCCUAAUCUGAUCGCUGUAAAAGGCUGCUGCUACGAUCAUGGCGAUCGCUACAUUAUUUAUGAAUUUGUUUCCAAUGGGCCCCUUGAUAGAUGGCUACACCAUGUACCAAGAGGCGGAAAGAGCUUGGAUUGGGCAAUGAGGAUGAGAGUCGCAACAACCUUGGCUCAAGGGAUCGCGUAAGUAUAAGAUUACCUUUAACAUGCCUUACUUUGCCCAUCCCUUUCCUACUGUUGUUGUUUUUUAUCCAGUCUAGGCAUUCCUUAGAAUUGCAUAAGAAGGCAAUUAUGACGCAUCCAAACCUCCUCCUCUGAUGCUCUUAUUUGACUUUUUGCUGGGGAUUGUGGGUAUUCUUAUUGAGAGAAAGUGUUCCUGCGAUACAAUGUGAUUCCUCGAUGGUUGAAGGGGUAAGUAGGAAGAUGCUAAGUCAAAGUGUCGGUGAAAAGAAUCACCGAGAGGAAGAGAAGGAUUUAUUUCUUAUUUCCUUAUCAUAAUAAUCUAAGUCCCCACAGAGAGGUUCAUGUCUCUCUUCAAAUUAGAUGAAUCCUGACUGACACGAAAAUCUUUAGGGAAACCAAAACCUGGCUGGUCCCCAUGUGUGGGGAAGAAUCGAUCAACGAGAAAGGAAAUUUAUCGAAAAUUAGCAGGUUUUUCUGGCCCUUUGAACGAAAUUUCUAGGAAAACAGUCAACCAAAGAGGAAACUUGGAGAGAAAACAGGGAGUCAACGCUGUAAAGAAUCGCUGAUUAAUUGGAAAGGGAAGCAGUUGGCUGAUUAAUUAGGCAAGUCCUCAAGGAUACUUCUAACGCUCUGCAUUAGGAGGGUAUGUAUGCGGAUCACGUUCUACAUCAUAAUUUUAGGCUUCUUGGUCUUUGCCUAAUAUUUUUAGGUGGGACGCCUUCAUUAGAGAUUCCUCGUUGCUUGUUAUUUCUCUAGAUAGCGUCACCCUUUGCACUAAUAGCCGCAUUAUGCAUGUGAACUUCCAUAAGGUUAACAUCACGGUUUGAUGAACUGCAGCACAAUCUGUGUUAUUUUUUAUUUUGGUAAUGCUGUAUUUAUGUUUCUAAAAAUUCAAGACCACAAACUUGUGGGAUAGCAGUCACCGUAUGGGGGUGAACGACAGGCAGUCGGUCUCUAGAAGCCAAGAAAUGGUCUCUUGACACGCUGCUGGUCGAGGGAGGCCUGAACGUCUACUGUGGUAGACAAUUUUAUCACUUACUACUUAAUGUCUGUGACCGUUGGAAUGAGAAAACUCGGAGAUCCCGUUAUAGAUGGAAGACUAACCAGGGAAGGCAUGAACUUUUACUUUAGUAGACGAUUUUAUCACUUAUUAAUGUUUGUGACCUUUGAAAUAGAAAUCUCUUGAGAUCCCAUUGUAGAAGGAAAACUGUCGCUGACAUUGACAGGGUCUUUCAGUGGAUGGAAGUUCCAGAGCAAUAGAAGAAAGAAUGAAGGCAGUGGCUGUUUGAAUAUUUCUCCUCUCUGAUGCUGAUAUAGGUGGGUUUUGGGGGCGCAGGUUCCUGCACGACAAAGUGAAGCCACAGGUGGUGCACCGCGACAUCCGCGCGAGCAACGUGCUGCUGGACGAGGAAUUCGGGGCGCAUCUGAUGGGCGUGGGGCUCUCCAAAUUCGUCUACUGGGAGGUGAUGCACGAGAGGACCAAGGUGGCGGGGUCUUGCGGGUACCUCGCCCCCGAGUUCGUCUACCGGAACGAGCUCACCACGAAGAGCGAUGUGUACAGCUUCGGGGUGUUGCUGCUGGAGAUCGUGAGCGGGCGGCGCCCGGCGCAGGCGGUGGAGCCUGUCGGCUGGCAGAGCAUCUUCGAGUGGGCGACGCCGCUGGUGCAGGCUCACCGGCACCUGGAUCUGCUGGACCCGCUCAUCCAAGACGCCCCCGACAUCGGCACGGUGCAGAAGGUGAUCGACCUCGUCUACGCCUGCACGCAGCAUGUGCCGUCGGUCAGGCCAAGGAUGUCCCACGUCGUCCACCAGCUGCAGCAGCUGGGGCUGAGGACGGCCGCCGAGCACUCGAGGAGUGCCUCCAGCUCAAGGACUGCUUCCCCCUCCCUGUGGCCCUCCAAGAGCAGCAGCAGCACCAGCAUGCACAUUAUGAGCACUUCUUCCACCGCCGCCGCCUCCUCGAUGCUGCCACUCGAAGUGGUGAUGGGCCCCUGA